CUUGCACAUUAUUUACACCUAUAAAAGCAAAGAUGCGCUAAAAUGCAACAGUACUGUAAUCGCAAUCCUGCAAUCAACUUCCAGUAAUCAAUAAAGAUGAAAUCAUUAAUUUUUGUUGCCUUGUUUGUGGCCGUGAGCUAUGCUGCGGAAGAACCCAUCGCCAUUGUUAAGCAAGAUGCCGAAGUAAACUUUGAUGGCUCUUACCACCAUUCUUUUGAAACUGCGCAUGGUAUUGCAGUACAAGAGCAAGGCCAGCUGAAGAAUGCUGGCAACAAAGAUACAGAAGCUGAGGAAGUAACUGGUUCCUUUUCUUUUACUGCCCCUGAUGGCACCAAGUACUCUGUAAACUACGUGGCUAAUGAAAAUGGCUUCCAACCUGAUGCUGCACAUUUACCAGUUGCACCAACGCCGCCACCAAUUCCAGCCGCCAUUCAAAAAGCGCUCGAUUGGAUUGCUGCCCAUCCUGAACCUCAAGAUGGCAAGAAAUUCUAAAUGACAAUUGAAUAAUUGUAAAUAUUUUUUCAAAUAUACGAUCAAAAUUA